GCUGCCUGGGUUGCUGUGGAACACGGAACUCACGUCAGAGUCGCUACAUCUCUGCACCGAGCCAGGCUGUUGACGUCUUGUGAACCCUAAUGCUUAUUUUGGACCGACCAGUGUUUUAGUUCUCAUUAAUGAUGUUUCGCUUGCGGGCGUUGUCCGCAGUUUCGGUGGGUUUAUCGCAGCUGUCCCGCCGUUACCACAAUGGGGCUGUGCGAGGGGCCGGACGGAGGAGGCUGAUGCUGGCUGCCCUGGCUGGGGUGACCGGUGUGUCUGCUAGUGCUGGAAUACUCUGGAAAAAAGCGUAUGCUGACGCGGGGCCUUCUGUUGGUCACUCGACGCAACCGGCCAGCGAGGAUGCCGUUUUUGGCAGAGAUUCAGAAACAGAGUCAGAGAAAUCGUUGGAGUCUAGCAGUGGAGAUGAAGAAGCAAAAGAUGAAGGUGAAGAGGGGAAAAAGAAGAAGCCCCGCUCAGGAUUCCGUGACCGCAAGGUGAUGGAGUACGAGAACAGAAUAAGGGCCUACUCGACUCCAGACAAGAUUUUCCGCUACUUCGCCACACUGAAGGUCAUCAACGAGCACGGCGAUGCUGAGGUUUAUAUGACACCCCAGGACUUCAUACGCUCCAUCACACCCAAUGAGAAACAGCCUGAGAAUCUUGGCCUGGAUCAGUUUAUUGUGAAGCGUUACGACGGGAAGGACUUCUGGCAGACGGAGAAAAUUGCCCAAGAGAGAGAGAAGUUUGCAGACGAGGACAGCAUAUUUUACACAUUAGGAGAAUGUGGUCUGAUCUCCUUCUCUGACUACAUCUUCCUCACCACGGUGCUGUCCACUCCCCAGAGGAACUUUGAGAUUGCCUUCAAGAUGUUUGAUCUGAACGGCGACGGAGAGGUGGACCUGGAAGAGUUUGAACAGGUACAGAGCAUCAUCCGGUCCCAGACCAGUAUGGGUAUGCGACACCGCGACCGCUCCACCACGGGAAACACCCUGAAGACGGCCGGCUGCAGCUCCGCUCUCACCACCUACUUUUUUGGACAGGACCUGAAGGGAAAACUCACUAUUGGCAGCUUCCUGGAGUUUCAGAGAAAACUGCAGCAUGACGUGCUCAAACUGGAGUUCGAGAGGAACGACCCCGUGGACGGCAGAAUCACAGAAAGACAAUUUGGGGGCAUGCUGCUGGCGUACAGCGGCGUCCAGUCUCGUAAACUCAAGCAGACGCAGAAGGGCUUAAAGAAGUUGUUUAAGGAUGCUCAGGGAAUCACUUUUGACGAGUUGGAGAACUUCUUUACGUUCUUAAAGAAUGUGAACGACGUGGACACAGCCCUGAGUUUCUACCACAUGGCAGGAGCCUCAAUAGACAAAGUUACCAUGAAGCAGGUGGCCCGCACUGUCGCCAAGGUGGAGCUGUCGGACCACGUGUGCGACGUGGUGUUCGCUCUGUUCGACUGCGACGGGAAUGGAGAGCUCAGUAACAAGGAGUUCAUAGCCAUCAUGAAGCAGCGGCUGAUGCGGGGGCUGGAGAAACCCAAGGACAUGGGCUUCACUCGGCUGGUGCGCGCCAUGUGGAAGUGCGCCCAGGACACCGCCUGGGACUUCGCUUCGCCCAAGACGUAAUGGGGACGGUCGACUUUCCUCGUUUGGGUGUGUGACGAAAAAGAGAAAAGGGGGGAGUUUUUUUUUUCCUGUACACAAUUAACGCAUUGACUUUAUUAAG